AUGGUGGCGGUCCCCUACUGCGGCGCACUGCUGGCUUCGCUGGGUGUCAGACGUGGUCAGGUUGAGUCGCCGAAGACCGGCGACCCAUCGCGACGGCGCGGUCCCUUCCCCGUGAUGUGCCCCACCAGAGCGCACGGGACGUUCCUCUACCUCAACACGGCAAACGAGGCGUCACCCCUGGACAUUGAUGACCCCAAGGCCGAAGGUACUGCGGCAAAUGGCUGCGAGGCAGACGUCCCGCGCCAGUGGGAAGGCCUGGCGCGACUGCUGGGAGAGCCGGAAUGGGCCUCCCCCGAAAAGUUCCGCGACCCGGCAACCCACGGCCCGGCGAUCAACGAGAACCUGCGGCAGUGGACCGCCGAGCACACCCGGGAAUGGCUGUACCGGGAGGGACAGGCAUAUGGAGCGCCCAUAGCGCCCUACCUGACGCCAUCAGAGGUAUUCCAGAGUCCCCAGCAGCGGGAGCGCGAGUUCUUUGUGGAGAUCCUGCAUCCCGAGGCCGGCAGCUAUGAAUAUACCGAUCUUCCGCUUCACAUGGGCGAAACGCCGCCCACCCUCCGGCGCGUGCCAAUGCUGGGCGAACACAACGCCGAGGUGUUUGGCGGGCUGGGGUAUUCUCCACAGGAACUGACCGCCCUGGCGCGGGCGGAGGUCAUCUGA